GUGCACCAUGGCAACAGAGGCCGACGCCGACACUCGCGACGACGCAUACUUCAUGAAGGAAGCUCUGGCGGAGGGAAUGUAUGCGUUGGACCGCGGGGAAGUUCCUGUCGGGUGUGUGUUUGUCUUGAACAACGAAGUCAUUGGACGAGGAGGCAACAGGACGAACGAGUUAUUCAACGCUACAAAGCAUGCUGAACUCGUUGCGAUCGACGCUAUUCUGGAGGAAGAAGCGUACACGUCGUCCACAUUCCGCGAGUGCACUUUAUACGUUACCUGCGAACCAUGCAUCAUGUGCGCUGCAGCGUUGGCCUUACUCCACGUCAAGCGCGUCGUGUUCGGAUGCCACAACGACCGGUUUGGCGGGAAUGGGUCCAUCCUGUCCCUUCAGGACGCCAACGCAUUUCCAGGCAACAGCCAUCACACGGGGUAUCCCAUUACGCACGGCUUGAUGAAGAACGAAGCGAUUGCUCUACUCAAAGACUUUUACGACCGAGGAAACCCGCGAGUGGAAAACUCCAAGAAAAAGCGAAAGCGGCGACCAGAUUAGCAUGGGCAACAGCCCAAAUCCUAUACAUGAACAUGGACACACGACUCCACAGCACAUCCAUGUGCAUGUAGUCGAAUACGGCUGAGUUCA